AAAGAGCAACAAUUUGUUCCAAGUAGAAUCCAAUUAAACAAUGGUCUUUCCCCUGAAGUCCUAAACCCUCUCCUGACAAGUCACUUUUUCUACACAGUCAUCAUCUUCCCACCGUUCACAAAAAUUAGAGUACCUCACCGGAAUAUGAUGCAGUCACCGGGAUCUUGCGUCACUCUGACAAAUCCCAUCAAUAAGAGCCUAGUAUUAAUAUCCGAUGACGAAAUCAUCAGAGAUAUGGCCACAUCAAUUAGAGCAGUUGAAGAAAUUUUGAGCUACAAAUUUAAAAACAGGAAACUUCUCAAAGAAGCUCUUACUCAUUCUUCCUGCACUGAUUCUCCUUCUUAUCAACGGCUUGAAUUCGUCGGUGAUGCUGCUCUCGGCUUAGCCUUGGCGAAUUAUGUUUAUUUGGCUUACCCUGAACUUGACCCUGGUCAGCUGUCUCUCCUCCGCGCUGCUAAUGUCAGCACUGAAAAACUUGCAAGAGUCGCCGUUCGACACUCUCUUUAUAAAUUUGUUCGCCACAAUACAACUACUCUCGAUCAAAAGGUGAGGGAUUUCGUGAUAGCAGUAGGACAGGAGGAGCAAGCGGAGUUCCAUGGAGGAUCAAUGAAGGCGCCGAAGGUUCUUGCUGAUAUUGUAGAGUCAGUGGCCGCCGCUAUAUAUGUGGAUUGUGGCUUUGAUCUGAAGACUCUAUGGGUGAUAUUUAGAGGCCUCCUCGAGCCUAUUAUCACGCUGGACUUGCUGUCACAACAACCGCAGCCUGUAACCAUGCUUUAUGAGCUUUGCCAGAAGGAUGGAAAGCAAGUUGAUAUAAAGCAUUGGAGAAAAGAAGAGAAAGACAUAGCUAGUGUUUAUGUUGAUGGUCAAUUUAUUAUCUCCGCUUCUUCUGAGAACAAGGAAAAUGCUAAACUUCACGCUGCAAAGGCUGCACUCGCAAAGUUGGCCUGUAAAUCUACUAGUAAGUUGGAUCUUGAAGUUGAACCAAACACAGAGUUUGGAGGAGCAAAGCAGAAGCUGAAUGAGCUAUGUGGAAGAAAGAAAUGGCCUGUACCAAUUUACAGAAUAGAGAAACAGGAAGGCCCUUCUCAUGAUAGGAGGUUUAUAUGUUCUGUGCAAGUUACAGUAGCUAAAGGUGUGCUUUUUGUGACGGGAGAGGAGAAGAUGCGAGUAAAAGAUGCAGAGAAUUCUGCUGCAUCAGCGAUGAUUUGGGGUCUGCAAGAAUCCAAGCUCAGUUAACGGCACAUUGUUUAUGGUACUUUUUAAUAAUUGUGUCUUUGGGCUAGUCAGAGUGUUAGUGUUGGUAUUAUUUGAAAUCCAUGACAGUGAUGAAAUAUUGUUGUAGAUCUAAUCUUAUCAGGAAAGAGAUAUUGUCAUAGCUGUAGUGAUAAAUUGAUGCACAAGGGAUGACACCUUUAAACAAUGUAAUAGAUACUUUGAUGGAUCAUUCAGCAUAAUAAGAUUUGGCCAAUAUAAAGAAGAUUUACCUA